GAGUGAGUCACUUCCUGGAUUUGCCAUACCCGUUCUUUCCGUUCCUAGUCGCGGCAGAGAAUAUCUAACGCCGCGUGCAAAUAAACUCUAUCAGAAAUUUCCAUCAAUUCAAAGGAACAAAGGAAGCAGUUCAUACUUCAUCGAGCAUUAUCAUGACUUACGGAGGAUCUUCAGGUGGGUAUCGUAGCAGCGGUGGACGUGGUGGUGGUGGUAGCCAAAGAAGCGGAUAUGGAAGCAGCAGCGGUGGUGGAAGUAGCGGGGGAGGAAGUGGCGGACGUUUCGGAAGUAGAGGAGGUGCAGGAAAUGGUGGAAGCCGAGGUGGACGUGGAGGUGGUGGAGGAGGCAGUUUGAGGAAACCCAACUGGGACUAUGAAAACCUCAAACCGUUUAAGAAAGAUUUUUAUGUGCCACACGUAAAUGUUCAGAGCAGACAUCCACGUGAAGUAGAAGCCUACAGGGAAGAGAAACAAAUUACUCUGAAAGGAGACGCUUUGCCAAAUCCUAUCCAGUUUUUUGAAGAAGGAAAUUUCCCAGAUUACGUCAUGACCGGAAUCAGGAAACAGGGAUUCUCUGAGCCCACAGCCAUCCAGGCUCAGGGUUGGCCCAUUGCAAUGUCUGGACGCAAUAUGGUCGGCAUUGCUCAAACUGGAUCUGGAAAAACCUUGGGUUAUAUUUUACCUGCAAUUGUUCAUAUAAACAACCAACAGCCUCUAAAUCGUGGAGAUGGACCAAUUGCUUUAAUUCUCGCACCUACCAGAGAACUCGCUCAGCAGAUUCAGACAGUUGCUAGUGAUUUUGGUUCUCUUUCAUACGUCAGAAAUACAUGUAUCUUUGGAGGAGCCCCCAAAGGAGGUCAGGCUCGUGAUUUAGAACGUGGUGUAGAAAUUUGCAUUGCCACACCUGGUCGUUUAAUAGAUUUUCUCGAGAGGGGAACUACCAAUUUACGGAGAUGCACAUAUCUGGUUCUUGACGAAGCCGAUAGAAUGUUGGACAUGGGAUUUGAGCCCCAAAUCAGAAAAAUUAUUGAGCAAAUCAGACCUGACAGACAAGUUUUGAUGUGGUCUGCAACGUGGCCAAAAGAAGUUCGCAACCUUGCUGAAGAAUACCUCACAGACUACACCCAACUGAAUAUUGGAUCACUUACUCUCUCUGCUAACCACAACAUCUUACAGAUCAUUGACGUCUGUCAAGAACAUGAAAAAGAAACCAAAUUAGGCAGCUUGCUACAAGAAAUCGGCAAUGUCAACGACGAUGGAGGAAAGACAAUAAUAUUUGUAGAGACUAAAAAGAAAGUUGAAAACAUCACCAGAAGUAUCCGCCGAUACGGAUGGCCCGCAGUUUGCAUGCAUGGUGACAAAUCUCAACAAGAACGUGAUUAUGUUCUCAGAGAAUUCCGAAACAAGAAGGGUUCUAUCCUUGUAGCAACAGAUGUUGCUGCUCGUGGACUAGAUGUUGAUGAUGUGAAGUACGUGAUCAAUUUUGACUACCCCUCAUCAUCCGAAGACUACAUCCACAGAAUCGGAAGAACUGGACGUUCUCAAAGUACAGGAACAAGUUACGCAUUCUUCACACCUCAGAACAGUCGACAAGCCAAAGAUUUGGUGAAUGUACUACAAGAAGCCAAUCAAGUUAUUAAUCCAAAACUCACAGAAAUGGCUUCCCGAGGAGGUGGUGGUGGAGGUUAUGGAGGAAGAAAUCGAUGGGGUUACGGAGGUGGUCGUGGAAGGGAGAAUAAUUUCUCUGGAUCGCACAAACGUUUUGACUCUGGUCGCAGCAAUGGAUACAGCAGUUAUAACUGAUUUAGUAUUACUUAGCUUCUGGGCCGUAAUGCUGAGCAUAAAAUCGACCGCCACUUAGAAGCUUUGGCAUAAUUGACAACACUUGAACUGUGAUCUAACAAAGAAAGGAUAACAAAAAAAAUAAUUAAAUAACGAUAUUUAAUACCUUCUAUUCCGGUCGGUUAGUAACCAGAAUAUGCCAGUUUUUAACGCUCGGCAAAUUUUACCCAUUGAAUUCAAUCAUAAAUGAUGUAUCUAUUUUAUUUUUAUUUUUUUUUUUCAUUUUCGGUGACUAGCAGAUCAGUGUUAGUUCAUACAAAUUGAUUAAAGACAAUUGUUAUUCAAACCAUCGCCGAUUACAAUAAUCCAUAUUAAUUAUUAAGAGCCGAGUGGAGGCACGGACCAUAAAACUCACACUUCAGUAUUCAUUCCAAAAAAACAAAACUUGAAAAUGGAAUGACCCCUAUGAAAGUUAUUUUUGACUUCUCAUUAGAAACUGAAAGAUGCUACAGAGUUGGUAAAAACCAGACUGAACUUGUAUGAAGAUUACAUACAGAUUAGCUGGUAAACUCGAAAGAUUUUUUUAAUCUCAAUGAGAUAAAAUAUUGUCAAGUAACUAAGGAGGGUACAAACGUGAAAGCGAUCUGAGGGUUGCUGACCCAUAGAAAAAUUUAAAUUAUUCUCUAGACCUAUUUUCUCUCAUCUUUAUAUUCUAAUUCCUCGAGAACAGAAGAAACAAACAUCUGUCAUUCGUACAUUUUGCUGUGAAGUGUACGACACAUCUUAAGUACAAUGCAAUAAAAUUUAAAACAAA